UCAACACUGAUAUAUCAAAUAUAAUUUCACAUCUUAACAAUAUAGAAGCUAUUAUCUAACUUCUUGCUGAGUUCAAGCCUAUCUGACACCAGUUAUUUUGGGAAAGUAUGGAAAAUAAGAAUAAUUCGGCGCAGGUGCGUUUAUCAGCAGUGGGCAAAAAGAGUAAAAGGAAAAAGUCACAAAAGCAACGCUAUUGGGCUAAAAAACACCAACGUUUGCCUGAAAUUUGGAAUGGUGAUCAAUUUCGGACUAAUGGUGAAUCAAUUCCUGGGAGAGAGGUGGAAAAUAAUAAUAAUAGUAGAUUUGUCAGAAAGAGGAAAUUCGCUGGUUUAUUGUCCGAGACAACUCAUGUUGAAACUAAAGGAAAUAACGCAGCUGUGGCAGAUAAACAUUGGUCAAAUUCAACGCUGAAGGGUACGAUUUGGAAUCCAACCCCAAAAUGCUAUGACAUUGUAGAAUUGCAUAAAUCAGAGAUGCCCUUUAUUGAUCUUACUAUGUGCCCAACUACUCCAACUGAUCAAGUUGAAAAAAACAAACUCAACAUUGGGCCUCAAUAUUUAUCCAAUAAUGAGGAAGAAAGUGAUGUAGGUCAACCAAACAGGAAAGUGGAUAUUGCUACAGAAAUAUUAGCGGAUACUAAUGAAAGCAUGUUUGAAGUGCAUCAUUUAUUAAAUUCCACGCCGACUGACAAAGUCGAAAACUCUAUACCAGAACGCUGUAGAAGUGUUGUAGAAUCAAUUUCGAAAGUGUGGCAAUUACUUAAUCCCAAUGGCAAUUCCGUUCCAACUGGUCGGGUGCAAAAAAUCAGACUUAAUAGAAGAAUAUUAAAUCCUCCAAAAAGGACAAUGGAUACAAAUUUCAAAGAUAAACUGAACUUAAUUGAAAGAUCGUUGAAAAAGGUAAACACCGAAAACUAA